GGCCUGUAUUCGCCGUUCGUUGUUUACAAGCGCUAGAAUCGCAUCGCAUCGCAUCGCAUCGUAUUACUUCUCGUUUGCGUCUCUCUUUACGCAGCACAUCUAUCGACCCGCACGGACAUCAGCCUCCCCAUUCCGCCUUUGCGCUCGUUUCUUUGCGCUCUGCCCUUCCUUUCAAGUCACAACGACAAUGGCGUAUGAUCGACUCUCCAGUCUCGAGGCCGGCCAAAGCGGUGCCGGCUACACCGACGACCCUGCGUUCCAAGACCUCCAAUACGAGCUGAAAAACAAACUACAGUCGCUGCUGAGCAAUAACCGCAAACUUGCCAACGAUGUCAACGUCCUGGGGACGAAGAAAGAUACCCCUCGCCUGCGGGAGCGGGUUCACAACACAAUGGAAAAGUCUCGGGAAAUCUGCAAGGAUAUUGGCGAUGGAGUGAAGAAACUACAGACUUGGGAUGAUUUAACUAAACAACAAAAAUACGAACAGACAAAGGUCUCGAGCGAUUUCCAGACUGCGCUCCAAGAGUUCCAGAGCUUGCAAAGAAGGGCGCUGGAAAAGGAGCGCGCAUCCGUAACUGCAGCUCGCGAAGCGCAGGCAUCCGAAAUUACCGGCGACGGGGGUGAGGAACAGCUGCAGCUACAACAACAACAGCAGGUUUCGCAACUAGCCCCGCAAGAUGAGGUGGAUUUCCAAGAAGCUUUAAUCAUCGAGCGAGAAGAGGAGAUUCGAAACAUCGAGCAGGGCGUCGGCGACUUGAACGUGCUAUUCAAGCAGGUGGCACAGAUUGUUACCGAGCAGGGCCAGCAGCUCAUUACAAUCUCCGACAACGUGGAGAAUGUUCAUGAAAGCACCCGCGGCGCCGACGUAGAGACUCGCCAAGCAGCUCGAUACCAAAAGGCCGCUCGCAACAAGGGCUGUUGUUUGCUGCUAAUCCUGGCCGUCAUUUUGACCAUCGUUAUUCUAGCGAUUGUUGUUGGCUAAACUUGAUUUGCGCAAACGAUACACCGAACCAAAGCAACUUUUUUUUCUUGCUAUACGGAGUUCUUUAUUUCGUUUCUCUCUUUUGAAUGGAGUUUAUAGUACGGUUAUACUCUGCCCUAGCACCACUAUUAAAAGAUGUAUAUAGUACUGAGGUAGGAUUCGGAUCACUUGGCAUUUGUGGACUUUUUUUCUUUAGCGCGUUGAAUCAAAUUCUAUUCAUCUA